AUGGCUGAUCAGUGUGAUCUGUGUCUGCUGGGACUGAUCAUUCUCUCUUCACUUCUCACAGAUGAUGUGUUCAUCAGUUCUGGUGAAAAUGUCCGUCUGCCCUGUAAUAAUGCUCUUUCUGACUGUACAUCAACUACAUGGAUCUACUAUAACAGAUUCAGAGGUUCAGCAGCAGUUAAACUGAUUGAAUUAGGGAUAAAGAAUAAACAUACAGAGAGACAUGAGAGACUGAGUCUGGGGUCUGACUGCUCUCUGAACAUCAAGAACGUCACAGAAGAUGAUUCUGGAUCUUACUUCUGCCGACAAUAUGUGAAUGACAAACAACAAGGAACUGGUGCGAGUGUUUCUCUGCAUGUUCUUCAUGUGUCUCCAUCAUCAUCAUCUUCAUCUUCAUCAUCCUCACAGACUGAGAUCAGUCCAGGUCGCUCUGUGACUCUCUCCUGUCAGUUGUAUUCAUAUUUUGGAUUCUCCUGUGAUUAUUGGGUUCGUUCUGAGGGACUUCAGCUGUUGUGGGUGAAUCAGGCUGGUGUUGAUCUGAAGACAGACUCCAGAUAUCAGAUAUUAUUCUCAUCAGAUCUCUGUAUCAUCACUCUGACUACAACACUCCUGAAUGAAGAUGACAACAGAGAGUGGAGAUGUCAGCUUACUCUCAAAAAUCAACUCAAGACCUCAGUCAGAUACACGCUCAAGUAUUCAGAUGAAGCAUCUGAACAUUCAUCUUCUGAUUCAACAACACUGAUUCCAGUCAGCAGCUCAAACUCUGAGAAGAAAUCAAGCCAAACUACAGCAGCAGCUCCUACACAAGGUUCAUGAUCACAUGAUCACUGUCACACAUCAUCAGUC